UCUAGGCAAGAUGGCUGCGCCCUGCGAGUCUUUUCUUGCUUAAGCUUGCUGUGCCUUGCUCGUGUGAAGUUCAAAGUCACAGAAUUUCCCCCCCCCAUCAUGUUCUCCAUCCGAAGCUGUGGCCGUUGGGCCAUGGCUUCCUUCACGAAACAGCACCUUCCCAGGGCCCAGUUUUGCAGUGACAGCACGGCGCCCGGGACCCCGCAGUUCGACGUGGUCGUCAUUGGUGGAGGACAUGCCGGGACCGAGGCAGCCGCCGCUGCCGCCCGGUGUGGCUCCCGGACUCUGCUCCUCACACACCGCGUGGAUACGAUCGGUCAGAUGUCAUGUAAUCCUUCCUUUGGUGGCAUUGGAAAGGGGCAUUUAAUGAGGGAAGUAGAUGCCUUGGAUGGCCUGUGUUCUCGAAUCUGUGACCAGUCUGGUGUACAUUACAAAGUAUUAAACCGGCGUAAGGGACCAGCUGUGUGGGGGCUGAGAGCUCAAAUUGACAGGAAACUCUACAAACAGAACAUGCAGAAAGAAAUUCUGAAUACCCCGCUGCUUACUGUUCAGGAAGGAGCUGUUGAAGAUCUUAUUCUUACAGAACCGGAGCCUGAAUACCCCGGGAAGUGCCGUGCCCGUGGUGUCGUUCUGGCCGAUGGAAGCAUAGUAAAUGCAGAAAGUGUGAUUCUGACUACCGGGACAUUUCUCAGAGGCACGAUUGUCAUUGGAUUGGAGAUGCAUCCUGCAGGACGUCUGGGGGAUCAGCCUUCUAUAGGGUUGGCUCAGACUUUGGAGAAGUUGGGGUUUGUGGUGGGAAGGUUGAAGACGGGGACUCCACCCCGAAUUGCCAAAGACUCCGUUAAUUUUAGCAUUCUAAACAAGCAGACACCAGAUAAUCCAUCCCUGCCAUUCAGCUUCCUCAGUGAGACAGUGUGGAUUAAGCCAGAAGAUCAGCUGCCAUGUUACUUGACUCACACUAACCCUAGAGUGGAUGAGAUCGUCCUUGAGAACCUUCACCUCAAUAGUCAUGUUAAGGAAACUACCAGAGGACCCCGGUACUGUCCCUCCAUUGAAUCGAAGGUUUUGCGUUUCCCAAACCGUAUACAUCAGGUUUGGUUGGAACCUGAAGGAAUGGAUUCUGACCUCAUCUAUCCCCAAGGGUUAUCUGUGACGCUCCCAGCUGAGUUACAGGAAAAAAUGAUCACGUGCAUCAGAGGCUUGGAAAAAGCUAAAAUGAUUCAGCCAGGCUAUGGUGUUCAGUAUGAUUACUUAGAUCCCCGUCACAUCACUCCUUCCCUGGAGACUCAUCUGGUUCAGCGGCUCUUCCUUGCUGGCCAGAUAAAUGGCACCACUGGUUAUGAGGAAGCUGCAGCUCAGGGUGUGAUAGCUGGGAUCAACGCCAGUCUCCGGGUCAGUCGCAAGCCUCCCUUUGUCCUUAGCCGGACAGAAGGCUACAUAGGAGUCCUGAUUGAUGACCUCACCACAUUGGGCACCAGUGAACCCUACCGCAUGUUUACCAGCCGAGUGGAGUUCCGUUUGUCGCUGCGCCCUGAUAAUGCUGACAGCCGCCUCACAUUUCGAGGGUAUAAGGAAGCUGGCUGUGUGUCCCAGCAACGAUAUGAAAGAGCUUCUUGGAUGAAGUCUUCUUUAAAAGAAGGCAUUUCUAUGUUGAAAUCCAUUGAGUUUUCAAGCUCUAAAUGGAAAAAAUUAAUACCACAGGCUCCUAUAAGUACUAGCAGAAGUCUGCCCGUCAGUGCUCUGGAUGUUCUGAAGUAUGAGGAAGUUGACAUGGAGUUAUUAGCCCAGGCUGUUCCAGACCCCUUGAGGAAGUAUACUCAAUGCAGAGAGCUGGCUGACAGACUGAAGAUAGAAGCCGCUUAUGAAUCAGCGUUGUUCUUUCAACUACAAGAAAUAAAGGAAGUUCAGCGAGAUGAAGCUCUCCAGUUGCCAAGUGACCUAGAUUAUUUGUCUGUCAAGGACGUGUCCUUGUCCCAGGAAGUUCGAGAGAAACUGCAUCUCAGUCGUCCACAGACGAUCGGGGCUGCCAGUCGUAUACCUGGAGUGACACCUGCUGCCAUCGUCAAUCUGCUCAGAUUUGUGAAGACCACGCAGCAGAGCCGGUCAGCUGUGGACGAGCUGCCCAAGACUGACCAGUACUUACGUGACACACACAGUCUUCAAGAGAGAAAGUUAUAGCUUUUAAUUCAUGGAAGACUUUUUUUUUUUUUUUUUUAGAGACAGAGUUUCACUUUAUCGCCCUUGGUAGAGUGCCGUGGUGUCACACAGCUCACAGCAACCUCCAACUCCUGGGCUUAGGUGAUUCUCUUGCCUCAACCUCCUAAGUAGCUGGGACUACAGGCACCCGACUAUUUUUUUGUUGCAGUUUGGCCGGGGCCAGGUUUGAACCCACCACCCUUGGUAUAUGGGGCCCAUGCCCUACCCCCUGAGCCACAGGUGCCGCCCCAUGGAAGAUUUUUUUUUUUUUUGAGACAGAGCCUCCAGCUGUUGCCCUGGGUAGAGUACCGUGGCAUCACAGCUCACAGCAACCUCUAACGCAUGGGCUCAAGCGAUUCUCCUGCCUCCGCCUCCCAAGUAGCUGGGACUACAGGCGCCUGCCACAACGCCUGGCUAUUUUUUGGUUGCAGCCGUCAUUGUUGUUUGGUGGGCCCAGGCCGGAUUCGAACCCACCAGCUCAGGUGUAUGUGGCUGGCGCCUUAGCCGCUUGAGCCACAGGCGCUGAGCUGGAAGAUUUUUUUUUUUUUUUUUUGUAGAGACAGAGUUUCACUUUAUUGCCCUUGGUAGAGUGCUGUGGCGUCACACAGCUCAUGGUAACCUCCAACUCCUGGGCUUAGGCGAUUCUCCUGCCUCAGCCUCCCGAGUAGCUGGGACUACAGGCACCCGCCACAAUGCCCGGCUAUUUUUUUUUUUUUUGUUGCAGCUUGGCCGGGGCUGCGUUUGAACCCGCUACCCUCGGCAUAUGGGGCCUGCGCCCUGCUCACUGAGCCACAGGCGCCGCCCGAGCUGGAAGAUUUUUUUAAAGUGUAUGAAUAAUUUAAUCAAUACAAGAAUAUAGAAAAGAGAUGAGAACUAUUUACACCUGUUAAAAUAGCUUUAUUAGAUUCUUAUGAGUUUGUCAUUAAUUUAUGAAGAGGACAGAGAUUAUAAUUAUACUUUUUUAUCUGAAAAAACUAGUUGUAACAAUUUAUACUGUUUUUCUAAGAAGCUCUAAUACAGUUAACCUAAUUCAUCUAACUUUGUGAUAUGUUCAUCAAAGAAAGAUACAGUGAGCCUAAAACUAAACCUGCAAAAAAAUUUUCAACCUUGCAGAUUUACCUACUUAAAAGGAUGUUGCCCAUUAAGAGUACCAAAUUAAAAUUUUAUCUCUCAGCCUAUCUUGAAAGUCCUUUGCCUAGUGAUGCUAGCUAAGGAAGCAGUAUCAAAGCCCUUGAAUUCUUAGACUGAACAUGGGAGAUUGGCCACGUGUGGUGGGAGGCUGAGGCAGGAGGAUCGAGCUGGGCAUUGUGGCAGGCGCCUGUUGUCUCAGCUACGAGGGAGGCUAAGGCAGGAGGAUUGCUUGAGCCCAGGAGUGUGGGGUUGCAAUCAUUCAGGUAAUUUCCAGUAUUGGAAUGUGGUAUGGAGGGUGAAAGUUGACUUCUUCUUUUUUUUUUUUUUUUGAGACAGUCUCAGUAUGUCACCCUCGGUAGAGUGCCGUGGUAUUACAGCUUACAACAACCUCAAACUCUUGGGCUUAAGUGAUUAUCUUACAUCAGCCUCCCAAGUAGCUGGGACUACAGGCACCCACUACAACGCCCAGCUGUUUUCUUGUUGUUGUUGUUGUAGUUGUCCUUGUUUAGCUGGCCUGGGCUGGGUUUAACCGGCCAGCCUCGUUGUAUGUGGCUGGUGCCCUAACCACUGGGCUAUGGGCGCCAAGCCGGAAGUUGACUUCUGAGAUUUCCGUACUUCAGAAAAUCCUCACCAAUAAUUAUUUUUGAAUAGUAAUGAAAGCCCUGUAAAUAGAAAGAUUGGAAAUCACCAUUGUUUCCUAUCACUCACAACGUGGAAACUUAUUUGGUAACCUGGUGAAGGGAGAAUAAAGUAAAGGUAAUUGUUUUGUAUCAUACAAUAAUGAUUUUUUUUAUUUUUUAAAGCUUUUUUUUUUUUGUAGAGACAGAGUCUCACUUUACUGUCCUUGGUAGAAUGCCAUGAUGUUACACGGCUCACAGCAACCUCCAACUCCUGGGCUUAAGUGAUUCUCUUGCCUCAGCCUCCUGAGCAGCUGGGACUAUAGGUGCCCGCCACAACGCCCGGCUAUUUUUGUUGUUGUUGCAGUUUAGCAGGGGCUGGGUUUGAACCCGCCACCCUCGGUAUAGGGGGCCGGCGCCCUACUCACUGAGCCACAGGCGCUGCCCAAUAAUGAUCUUUUUUUAUGAAACUGUCAUGGCCAUGAUUUCUUAUCACUGAAGAAAGGUCUGUAGUAACUGGUGAGCAGUGUUUUCCUAUUAAGCCAGAAUUUGACAGAAAAACCAGCAUAGUGCUGGGUAUCCCUGAUCCUCUCCAGUACACGGAUGGACUGUGCUAACAAGGGAUGGUGGGGGAUGACCAGCUCAGCCUUCUGACUGGCUCUCAGACACUUCAACCUUCUGGAUAGACCAGGGGAUGAAUACAGUUAAGUGGGGGCAGAGGGCUUGUCCCCGGAAUGCUAACCUGGAUCUCGGGUGUCAGCCUAGAAAGAAGCUCCUGUGUCAGCUUCAGGCCAAAGCAGGUACUUAGGAGAGCUCCAACGGCCCAAAAGUCACAGUGGCUACAGAUUGAAGUUGGAUUAUGGGUGUGAGGCAGCCAACCAUCUUGUUGCUGUGAUUGCAUAUAGUCUUUUCAGAAAGCAGUCAGAUCAGUAUCAAAUAAAAAGCAUUUGUAAUGUUGGAUCAUUUAGCAAUGAUGAAUUCUUUCUGCUACUUAGUAAGUUCAAAAGGGUGGUAACUUAACUUUUAGUCGUUAUAGCUAAAUUCCUGUGCAGAAUUCCUACUACCAAGACAAUAUUAAUUAUAAUACCAUGUUAUAUAUUAUUUAUUUAUUUAUUUAGAGACAGUUUCAAGCUAUCACCCUGAGUAGAGUGCCAUGGCAUAGCUCACAGCAACCUCAAACUCUUGGACUGAAGCAAUCCUUUUGCCUCAGAUUUUCUAUUUUUAGUAGAGACGGGAUCUCGCUUUUGCUCAGGCUGGUCUUAAACUCGUGAGCUCAAGCAAUCCACCUGCCUUAGCCUCCCAGAGUGCUAGGAUUACAGGCAUGAGGCACCACACCUGGCCCUAUUUAUUUUAUUUAUUUUUUGAGACAGAGUCUCACUUUGUCACCGUCGGUGAAGUGCUGUGGCAUCAUCGGUGAAGUGCUGUGGCAUCAUAGCUCACAGCAACCUCUAACUCUUGAGCUCAAGAGAUUCUCUUGGCUUGGCCUCCUGAGUAGCUGGGACUAUAGGUGCCCCACUAUUUUUAGAGGCAGAGUCUUGCACUUGCUCAGACUGGUCUCCAACAUGUGAGCUCAGGCAAUCCACCCUCCUCAGCCUUCCAGAGUGCUAGGAUUACAGGCCUGAGCCACUGUGCCCAGCAUAUAUAUUUUAAAAAGAAGGGAUUUGUGCUACCUGUUAGCGCAAGAAGGAAAAUCGCUUAUUUUACUUUUGUUUUUUUUCUGAUUAAAUACUGGAGUAAGUCAUUUGCAACAAUACGGGUAAACUUGGAAGACAUCAUGUUAAAUGAAAUAAGCCAGGCACUAACAGACAAAUGCUAUAUGAUCUCACUUACAUGUGGAAUCUUAAAAAAAAAACACUGAACUUAUAGCAAAAAAUAGAAUGGUGGUUACUAGUGAUAAGGGUAGGGAAAGCAGGGAGAUGUUGGUUGAAGGCUACAACAUUUUAGUUAGAAUAAGUUUUGGAGAUCUAUUGUAUAGCACGGUGACUAUCAUUCAUGUUAAUGUGUGGUAGUAGACUUGAAAAUUUCUAAAAUAGGCUCGGUUCCUGUAGCUUAGCAGCUAGGGUGCCAGCCACAUACCUGGGAGCUGGCAGGUUCGAAUCCAGUCCCAGGCCUGCCAAACAACACAGAUAACUAUAACCAAAAAGUAGUCUGGUGUUGUGGCAGACCGCCUGUAGUCCCAGCUACUUGGGAGGCCCAGGCAGGAGAAUCGCUUAAGCCCAGGAGUUGGAGGUUGCUGUGAGCUGUGAUGCUACAGCACUCUACCCAGGGUGACAGCUUGAAGCUCUGUCUCAAAAAAUAAAAAUAAAAUAAAUCCACAAUUGAAGAUAUGUUACUUUAUACAAAGUUAUAUCAUUCAAAAUCUCAAAAUAAUAUAUAUAUAUGAUUUUUUUUUUUUUUAUGAUGGUCUCACUCUGUCACUCAGGUUAGAGUACAGUGGCAUCAUCAUAGCUCAGUGCAGCCUCAAACUCCUGUGUUCAAGCAGCCCUGCGUCAGCCUCCUAGGUAGCUGGGACUACAAGCGCAUGCCACUAUGCCCAGGUAAUUUUAUAUUCAUAUAAAUGUGUAUGUGUGUAUCUUUUUUUUCCUUUAAGGCCAGUGUGGGACAAAGUUUAUUGAGAAAGAGAAAGACAGAGUAAGAAAGUUUACAAAGCAAGAUACGUUCACCAUAGACAAGGAAUGGGCCUCCAUGGCCAAGGCAAGUGGGCAAAGAGGCCUGAUUUUUUUUUUUUUUUUUUUGAGAUAGAGUCUCAUUAUGUCGCCCUUGGUAGAGUGCCUUGGCAUCACAGCUCACAGCAACCUCAAAGUUUUUGGCUUGAGUGAAUCUCUAGCCUAAGCCUCCCAAGUAGCUGGGAAUACAGGCGCCCACCUAAACACCUGGCUGUUUUUUAUUGCAGUUAACAUUGUUGUCUAGAUGGCCCAGGCUGGGUGCAAACCCACCACCCUCGGUAUAUGUGGCUGGUGCCGUAACCAAUGUACUACGGUGCCGAGCCAAGGGGCCUGAUUUUUUUUAUAUUUUAUGUAGAGACGGUCUCCCUAUAUUGCUCAGGCUGGUCUGGAAUGCUUGGUCUCAACUGAUACUCCUGCCUCAGCCUUCCAAAGUGCUACAAUUAUAAGCAUGAGCCACUCUGCCCAGCUGCUCAAAAUAAUAUUUCACACCAGCCUAUCUUCUGGUGCUGCUAGCAAGAAGUGCUCUAGAAAAUGAUGCCCUAGGAAAAAAUGGGCUAAAAAUGUAACUUCAUGCAGUUCUGGGAGGCGCCUAUGGCUCAAUGAGCAGGGCGCCGGCCCCAUAUACCGAGGGUGAUGGGUUCAAACCCGGCCCCGGCCAAACUGCAACCAAAAAAUAGCCGGGCGUUGUGGCGGACGCCUGUAGUCCCAGCUACUCGGGAGACUGAGGCAGGAGAAUCGCCUAAGCCCAGGAGUUGGAGGUUACUGUGAGCUGUGUGAUGCCAUGGCACUCUACCAAGGGCGAUAAAGUGAAACUCUGUCUCUACAAAAAAAAAAAAAAAAAAAAGUAACUUAAUGCACUUAAGUUACUUCGUAGAAAUCCCCUAUUACUAACAAUAGUUGGUUUCCCAUAAAAGUUGUACAUACUUGGUGAUUUCCUCCACGCAUCAGACUGACCGGACUGCUCAGUAGUUGGAAGAGCCAAACUAAAGUUCACUUCAACAGGAACACCAGAAUAAAGAAGAGGAAGUGGCCAAGAAACAGGAAGCAUUGGUGAAAUCGUGGAAGAGGGAGGGUGAACAUGGAGACU